AUGACAACACUAAAACUGGCACUAACACAGGAGAUACGACUUGAUAACUUAGACAAUGGACCAGGACUUUUACCGUUUAAACUCGGACCUGCAAGAGUGACAACCCAUCACUAUACCUUCUUACAGUACAUUGACUUGGACAGAAUUGAACAUGAAAUCAACGAACUAAGAGGACAACUACUAAGUUUUGAACAUAGACUCUUUAACACUACUUACACGGUAUAUGAGCCCCAAAUUCGCUACCUAAUGAAUAAAACGAAUCAUAUAUCAGAACACUUGCAGACUUUAGAACCUAGCAGGAUAAAAAGAGGUCUUAUGGACGGACUAGGAUCAUUAGUUAAAAGUAUAACAGGAAAUUUAGAUUAUCAGGACGCUAUAAGAUAUAAUAAAGCACUUGAAGUUUUAGAAAAUAACCAAAAUAAAAUUAAUUCAGAACUUAGUAACCGCGCUAGCUUGAAUAAGGAUUGGAUGAAAGAACAGAGCAGUGUGUUAGAAAGACUAGUCCAAAAUCAAAUAGAAAUUAACAAUACCUUACAAUCCUGGUCUGAAAGAGAUAGUUAUAGAGAGAAUAGUUUCCACAGAUACGGUAGAUUCACCCAAACCUUAACAAUCAUUACCGACGCUAAUGACGUAUUAAAUGGAUUAAUUAAUAUAGAGAAUAUGUUAGCUUUUACUCGUACAACCACGACUCAUCAUUCGAUGAUUAGUCUUAAAGUACUUAGGUUAAUGUUAAGCAAGCUUAGGUUAGUUUACGGCCCGGAACAAGUAGUGGACUUAGAAUUAAGGGACUAUUAUACCUUGAUAAGAUCCGGUUCAUACUUCGUUAAUAAACAGAUAGUAAUAAUUUUUAAAUUCCCUAUAGUUUCAAAGAGUACUUAUGACUUGUAUAGAUUAUCCUUAGCUCCCAAUAGAUUUCACCAAGUAAUUAUCCCACCUUCUCCUUUCCUAGCAAUUAAUAGAAAAGAAUUUGUGUACAUAGAGGCUGAAUGCCCGAAGUACCAUCACCUGUCCCUUUGUGACGAGACUUCCCACAGGAGGAUACUGCAUUCAACAGAUCAUCUUGCGGCAAACUAUUGA